AUGUCUGAAAAUAGAACUUUAGAAUCGUUAAGAGCUAAAAUUAUUGCUUCACUAGGCAAAAAAGAUGAAAACUCAACUAAAGAGCAUGUUUUGAAUCAGAAUUCCACAUACAACAGACAACCCCCAUCUGGUCCAAGGGCCAGUGUGCCGCCAAGAAAUGAUGCUCCGGCUUUCCCAAGCGGUCCUUCAAAUCGUUAUCACAGCAGUUCCCAGCAGAGAGAUCCAUAUCAGGAUAUGAGAGGUCAAACCGACUGGGCGGCUUAUCGACACGAGGAAGAUAUGAAAGCUAGUAGAUAUAGAACUCGGAAUAGGGACCAAAGAGAGCAGAGUUAUUCUGGCUCCAGAUACGAGAAUAGAGGGGAUAACAAAUGGCAACGCCAAGGUACGAGAUACAACAAUAGUAACUAUGGCAAUAAUAGAGGUGACUACGGUAGGGCCAACCUCAAUUAUAAUCAGCAAAAUUAUGAAAAUAGAAGAACUAACUAUCGCUACCAUCAAACAAGACCGAAUGGUCCCUUUGCUGGAAAUAAAGAAGUAUAUGAGAACUUUUCAGCAUCUACGUUGAAUUCUAAGCUCAUAGUAAAAGGUAUUACCGUUGACGACGUUGAAAAUUUGAAAAGUGCAUUAAAGACAUUUAUGGAUGGUCAACAACAGGAUUUUAAAAUGGAAAAUUUUUUCUUCCAUGAACCUUUACGCACUGCUAUCGUUGAUUUUAAUUCUGCUGAAUGCACAACUAUGGUCUUUAGCUGUCGAUCUUUUUUUAACAAGAGAGCAAGUUUACUAACAACGACUUGGUACAGACCCAACGGAUACGUGGAACAAAUUGACAGCCUAAAUCCAAAAUGUGGUAGUAAUGUCAUUGCUUUAGAAGAAUUGAAUGAAGACAACGUUUCCGAGAUUUUAAAGUCUAAAAAUAUUACAAAUUGUCAAAUAUUUCCCUUGAACUAUCUAGAUAAGGAAAGUAAUGCGGUUCCAACAGGGUGCUGUUUGUUAGUUUUCGACAAGCUAGAUGAUGCAAUUCUAAAGAAGCUCUCACCAUUGAAAUGGUUCAAGCCAAACGAAAGUGAAACACUGAAGCAAACUGUUUCCUCUCUUAAUUUCGGAACUCUGAAGCAAAAGGUUAAAGAAAAAUAUGUUUCUCAGUCAAAAGUACUAGUAUUGUUAAAUUGCGUUGACCCAGUGGAUUUGAAAGAGAUGGACUUUGUCAAAAUUGUUGAAGAAAAACUAACUACCAUCUUGAAGGAGGACGUAGAGAUGACUAAGAUUGUUCAACCUAGUGUAAAUUACAGGCUAAACUUCGAGCAUGUCAAGGAGCACGCAGGAAACAUAUAUGUAAAAUUUAUUACACCGGAGGCUGCUUUAAAGGCCAUGGAGAGGAUAUCGGGCACUCAAUUUAACGGAAGAACCAUUUUGACCGCAUUUGUAAACGAGAAUGAUUUUGAUACACCAAAAGUGCUACUAUAG